AUGGAAACUUCCGUAGAAAUGGCCCAGGAGCAAAAGAACGAUGUUUUUCUCAACAACAUCUAUCUAAUUAAGACCAACACUCCUUUGCCAGACACCGUGCCCGAGGACGAGAAGUCUCGUCUGUUCGAAAUGGCCAGCAAGGUACUCCUCAAAGAGGAUGGUUGUCUGUAUUAUGAGAUUCAAAGCAGGAACUGUACCAAGCAACUCAUGCUUAUCCCAGAUACUCUUAAAAGCCUCGUCUUUGAAGCAUAUCACUCUAGCCAACUUUCAGGCGGACACAUGUCAUGGAGGAAGACCCUAGCCAAAAUCAUGCGCAAAUACUACUGGCCGUCUAUUUAUGCAGACAUCCGCCAAUGGUGCACGCAAUGCAUGGCAUGCCAACUCCGCAGACAA